CCAAAGCUUUUGCGUGACAGCUCCGACGAUGCCCAUAAUUAAUUCGCGGAGUAUAGAGGUCCACGCGCCAGAUUAGCCUUAACCCCACAUCCCAGCCCUCGGUUUGUCGAAUUGCGGGGAAUGCUUAUAAGAAAGCCUCAUGAGACCGUCCCCAAUGAUAAAUAUUUUCUCCCAUACAAUUCCGCUGAGCCAAGAGGACUGCUACAUCCAAGAGGAGCCAUGGCAGACUUCGCACACUCCGACAACUUCGAGGGACUGCAACUUAAAGAUGUAAUCCCACAAGGGCGCAAGCCAUGGUACAAGGACACGACACUCAUCAAGCUCAAUACUCUUAUGUUAUGUGCCCUCAUCACCCAAAUCGCCUCCGGGUAUGACAGCAGUAUGCUCAAUGGGAUGCAAUCCCUUCCUGAGUGGAAGGCUUACUUCGGCAAACCAACUGGAACCCGGCUUGGUGCCAUGACGUUUGGCCCUACCGGCGGCACUUUGAUUUCCGUUUUGGUUUCAUCACAGCUUUGCGAGCGAUUUGGUCGACGAUACCCAAUUUGUGGAGGUUCUCUAAUUAUCAUAUUUGGUUCGAUUUUACAGACUACUGCCGUGAACUACAGCAUGUUCGUUGCUUCGCGGUUCUUUGUCGGAUUUGGUCUCGGAAUUGUGGCUACGGCUGCCCCACCGCUUCUGAGUGAGGUCGCAUAUCCUACACAUCGCGGCAAACUGGUCUCGUUCUACCUUGUCACCUGGCCACUGGGAUCACUUAUUGCGGCAUGGGUCACAUUCGGGACACGCACGAUGACCGGUUCUUCGUGGACUUGGAGGCUCCCAAGCGUUCUUCAAUGCUUUUUCUCACUCGUCCAGGCGGUGUUGAGUCUCUUUGCGCCAGAGUCCCCUCGAUGGCUCAUCUACAACAAUCGCAGCCAGGAAGCAUUGGAUAUCUUGACCAAAUAUCAUGCAGAUGGAGACUCAAACUCACGACUGGUACGAUUUGAAAUGGCUGAGAUCACUGCGACAUUAGAAGUUGAAAAGGUGCAAAAGAUGUCUCGCUGGGCCGAAUGGAUUUCCACCAAGGGCAAUCGACACCGCCUCUUUCUUGCCCUCUUUAUCCCCGCCAUGCUACAAUGGUCCGGCAACGGUCUGACCUCGUACUACCUUGCCAAGGUACUCACAACGAUCAACAUCACCGACUCCAAAACUCAGCUUAUCAUCAACGCCUGCCUUUCCGUGUGGAGUUUUCUUACAGCCUGUUUUUUUGCCACUCUCGUCGAUCGAAUGGGCCGCCGGCGUCUCUUUCUCUACGGUAUGGGCGGCAUGGGGAUAUCCUAUAUCAUCUGGACUAUCUGCUCCGCUACCUACGAGCAAAGGGGUUUCAAAGGCAAGGGGUUUGCGGCUGCGGUGUUGCUCAUGAUCUUCGUCUUUAGUGCCUGCUACCAUAUGUGCUCGCCAGUGGCGCCGACGUACAUCAUGGAAGUUGUACCGUACUCUCUUCGCGCGAAGGCAUCCAUGUUGUAUCAACUAACCGGCAAUCUUGCUGGUAUCUACAACAGCUUCGCCAACCCAGUUGCAAUGGAUGCGAUCUCAUGGAAGUACUAUAUCGUCUGGUGCGUCGUCAUUGGUAUAAACUUCACUUUGAUUUUCUUCUUUUUCCCAGAAACGAAAGGGUUGGGUCUCGAAGAAGUAGCAGAAAUUUUCGACGGACCUGAUGCUCUAUUUGGUAUGAAUGCGAUGAGAGAAAUGGGUCUUGAUGUUAAUGCGGACAAGUCUAUGGCAAUUGGGGAUGAUCAAGGGUCUAUGACAGGAAAGAAGGAAGUUUCACAUACUGAGAAGGCUUGAACACCAAUUAUUAUCUUCCCCAUAUAGUCAUCGAUAUUACCCAGACAAUACAAG